CAGCGCACGCGGAGAUCGAUCGAUCGCCGCCGGGAAAGGAUCCGUAGAUGGCGACCUCGAUCUCCUACAGCCACGACGGCCACGGCCACUACGUGGUGUCGUUCGACGAGGACGCCAUCCGCACGACGCUGGCGGACUCGGGCGACGCGGUGGACUCGUGGCUGGACGAGAUCUACCGCGUCCACCGCCUCGUCGUCGGCCUGGACGUCGAAUGGCGCCAUUCCUCCUACGACUACGGCUACGGUUACUACUACGCUCGCACGCCCCCCGUCGCGCUGCUCCAGAUCUGCGUCGGCCGCCGCUGCCUCGUGUUCCAGAUCCUCCACGCCGACUACAUCCCGGGCUCGCUCUUCGACUUCUUCGCCGACGAGCGCUUCACCUUCGUCGGCGUCGGGGUCCACGACGACCUCGCCAAGCUGCGGGCCGGGUACGGGCUGGAGGCGGCGUGCGCGGAGGACCUGCGCGCCCUCGCCGCCGACGAGCUCGGGAACCCCGCGCUGCGCUCGGCCGGGCUGCAGGCGCUCGUGUGGGAGGUGAUGGGCGUGCGGAUGGAGAAGCCGCACUGCGUGCGCGUCAGCGCCUGGGACGCGCGCAACCUCUCGUACGACCAGCUCAAGUACGCCUGCGUCGACGCCUUUGCGUCCUUCGAGGUCGGCCGGAGGCUCUACGACGGCGACUACUAGGGUUUAGUGUCAGUUCGAAUUUCCAUGCGGUACUUUGUCAUUAGGCGUCCCUCUGCUCCCAAUCAUCGUUGCUGUAGGCCGGCUUUUUUAGUCUGCAGUCUUGACAUGUAAAUAUUAUGCUUAAUUAGCUAUCGUGAAGUCGGUUCUAUAGUUCCAUGUGAGCUGUACUCGUCAAGUUCGUU